GGCAAUUGUUGGACGCGGUAAAGUAUGUCUAUGUUCUAGAAUCUGUCGGAGAGUGAAGAUAUGAUCUAUGCACCCUCUACCUGGUCUAAAGUCUGCUUGAUUUUCCCUCAUUUGUUCCUCCCGUAAUUCUGAUAGUACCAGUAAUCAAUUCACGGAUAUAUGUGUUGGAUGCAGGCUACCACGUUUAAAUCCAGGACUUCAGGCUAUGAAGUUUCAUUAUCUGUGGUGUUAUUUUUGUUUCCUUUUUUUUCAACAGAAUGAGGUUCUUGGCCUCAAACUCCGUUUUUUCGGAGUUUACUAUCUACGGUCUAGUAAACUAGACAACGGGGUUUGGGGUGGGGUGUUUAGGAGGAGUGUGUCUGCUGGAAAUCGGACAUGGACCCGUCUUCCGCUUUCUCUAUUCAUGCUGAAAUACGUAACUGUAUUCAUUCCUGAUGUUUCUUUUAUUUGGUAUUUCAGAUUGAUAGAAUUGAAAUUUUAAAGUCAUGAAUACAAGUGAACAAACUAUCGAUCGACCAUUUAUAACACCAGAUGGAAAAAUAUGGCCAGCUAAUGUUUGUGUUCCGUCGAAAAGAUACUAUUGUGCAAAAUAUACUAAAGAUAUGCUUAUAUCGAAGAUAACUAAAAAGUGUUUAAAGCCGGAUGAUGGCAAACUCAUCGAUUUAUGGGUGUUAACAAGAAUUAAUCAUUGGGAUCAUGAAAUUGAGACUACUGUCUGCCUGACAGACAAUUACCUCAUGCUUAUUAAUUUUAAUUUUAUCAAUGAAGAAUGUACAGCCAAUCGGAUUGCCUUAAAGUCUAUCAAAACUAUACGCAUUGGUAAUCUUCUACAACCGAAUUGGUCUGUAUUACCCGAACGUAAUUAUGGUGCUGUCCAACUGAUUUGGGGUGAUAUUCAACAAACAAAAUGGUUAGAUCGUUGGAAUCCAGUGUCAAAAGAUGUUCCAAUGACAAUAUUACAUCAUCACCCGUGUUAUUAUUCACCUGAACUAUUACCGAAUAAAGAUCUAUUCGAUGUUGAUCUGGCACUGUCAACUAUUUCGACGACAUUGUCUACAUUAGGUGUUGAGGUGGCAGUGGAAUAUGCCAAUAUUUGUUUAAAUUCACAUGUCAACUUCUUCACUGUCGUCUAUAAUCAAAGUAAUCUGGGCUUCUGUAAAGAUCGUAAUGGUGUCAGCUUUUAG